AUGGGAGUUGCAUGGAGGCGAUGGAGGGCCGAAGUCAAGGCAACGUCUUAUGACCCAAAUAUUCCUUUAGAUGAGCUCUUGCAAAUUCGUCCUGUCCCUCAUAAGCUAACACUCGAGGUUUGGGAAACUUUAUGUGACUAUUGGAAGAAGAAUGAGAGAAUGUCAAAAAUUAAUAAAGAAAAUGCUCAUAAAAAACGAAGAAUUCAUGCACAAGGACGCAUAAAUAUUCCAACAUUGGAAGAUAAAUUUGAAAAUGGUGUAAAGCCUACUCGUAUUGAAAUAUUAGAAUUAAGUUGUCAUAGUAAAAAGAAAGGAAGGUCUCCUAUUGCUGAUGAAGCUAUACAACAUGAGGCUUUAUUGAAUGAGGCUGUGAAACGCCAUCUCCAAGACAUGCCGGAGGGACAGAUCCAAGACAAUGAGGUGUUCGGGCCUGAGCAUUCUGGCCGAGUUCGAUGUUUAGGAGCUGGUGCACUGCCUAGCCAAGUUUUUCCUGACCAAUAUAAGCGUAGCCAUUGCCAAGGAUAUGACACUACUUCGGAUGCCACAGAAAAGUUCAAGGAAAUGAAAGAAAAAAUAAAGGAAAUGGAAGCUAGGGAGGUAGAGCGAGAAGCACGACUACAAGCAGAAAUCGAAGCACGUGAAGCACAAAGGAAAACCGAGAUGGAGCAAUCGAUGAGGCGGAUGCAGGAACAACAAUUCCAAAAUUUUAUCCGUAUUAUGCAAAGUAUGAUGGUUGGAACUGCUGGGGGAUCUCAAGGGCCCGAAACGUUACCGGGACAGAUGGCAAGUGUGAUGGCAGAAAUCAUGCAACAAUAUAUGAGUAUUCCAUCAAAUGCUCAAGAAAAUAUCCGUAGACCUCCUCCAUGA